GGACCCUGUUGUCUUUACGAACAAGCGAGCUUUGUGGCUUCUGGCCGCCCUUGGCGUACUAGUAAGUCUGCACUACUUUCACCAUGCUCGGGACAAGUAUCAUACCAUACACUCUGGCUUCGGUGUACAGGCGGGGGAGAGAGGAUGGGGAGGGAGCAUGAGGCUUUCUCCUUGAUAUUCUGCUGCUGGUGGUGGUGGGUGAAUCCACGGCCGAGAGAGAGAGAGAGAGAGAGAGAGCAACUCAACCCCUCCCCCACCAUACCGUACUACUCUCUCCUCUCUCUCCCAACUUGAUAGCGCCCGGUCUUGAUGAUCAUCCCCGACCUUUUUUCCCUCCCUUCCUCCCCGUUGCUUCCACCGCACCCCCCCCCCUCUUGACAGCUCAGCAAACAAAAACUUCCUGCUCCCGCUGUGUUACUGACGCUUGUUUCCUGCAAUCUAAUCAACCCUCAACAAACUAGGCUACUCUAUUCCUUAAUUACCAGCCAUAUCAAUUUUUUCCCUCUCGAUCACCCCCCCGGCCAAAGAUGUCCGCGAAAGAAGGCACUGUUCUGGUCACUGGGUGAGUUGGCCAAUCGUGUGUGUUUGUUUUUACCGAGUGGACAGAGACCUGACUGAAAUUUCUCGCGAUAUUAAUAGCGGGACUGGUUACAUUGGCUCUUUUACCACUUUAGAGCUUCUGGUUGCUGGUUAUGAGGUUAUUGUCAUUGAUAACCUCUACAACUCUUCGGAGGAGUCUCUUAACCGUAUCGAGCGCAUCUGUGGUAAACGUCCGAUAUUCUACAAGGCGGACGUAACCGACCAGGAAGCGCUCGACAAAAUAUUCAAAGAUCACCCGGAUAUCGAUUCUGUUAUCCACUUUGCUGCCUUGAAGGUUUGUAACUCUCCUGCACGCGUGCCCUGUUCAGGGCCAUAUACCCGCGACAGCCCUACCCCCCACGAUCACACACAAUUCUGGGUGUGCGGCUGACAGGUGGAACCGCAGUCCGUUGGAGAGUCCACUGAGAUUCCUGUUGAAUACUACCGCGUCAAUGUUGGAGGAACCAUCUCUCUCCUACGCUCCAUGGAAGCGAAUGGCGUGAAGAACAUCGUUUUUUCUUCUUCAGCCACCGUUUAUGGUGACGCUACGAGAUAUCCAAAUAUGAUCCCCAUCCCGGAGACUUGCCCCAUUGGUCCCACCAACCCCUACGGAAGAACCAAGAUGAUGAUUGAGAUGGGUAUGUUUGUGUUCGCCCUCCAUAAACUGGCUCCACAGCUCCCUUGCACCGCUGGUGGUUUGGCGCAUUAGUACUGAUUUAACCCCGUAGUUAUCGAGGACCAUGUCGAGUCGCAUCCUGGUUGGAAUGCUGCGCUUCUCAGAUACUUUAACCCUGCUGGCGCCCAUCCGUCAGGAAUCAUGGGGGAGGAUCCUCAGGGCGUUCCCUACAACCUUCUACCUCUAUUGGGGCAGGUUGCCGUCGGGCGCCGGGAGAGGCUUAAGGUCUUCGGGACAGGUGAGUCGAUUCAGAUGGGGUCGCUCUCAACUUAGAUAGCUCACCCAACUAGAUUAUGCCUCCCACGAUGGUACUGCGAUACGCGACUACAUACACGUCGUUGACCUUGCCAAGGGUCACAUUGCAGCUCUGAACAAACUCCGAAAAGACAAGCCUGGAUGCCGGGCGUGGAACCUUGGCACCGGAAAAGGGUCCACAGUCUUCGAAAUGAUUAAGGCCUUCUCGAAAGCUGUUGGCAGAGACCUCCCCUAUGAGGUUGUCCCCCGAAGGAAGGGAGAUGUUCUGGAUCUUACGGCGGUCCCAACUAGAGCGAAUGAGGAGCUCGGGUGGAAGGCUGAAAUGACACUUGAGCAAGCUUGCGAGGAUCUCUGGAAAUGGUACUUCCUUUUCAGAUUUGACCCCACCCGUUAAUAGUGUUAACAUAUCUAAUAGGGUGUCCAAUAAUCCACAAGGGUAUCGACAAAUUCCUCCACAGAUGCUGCUGGACGCGCUAGCGAAGACAAGAAAGAAGCUGUCAGCGUAGAUGAGCAUAACUAGAUGAUCGAUCAGUUUCGAGUUUUUUUUAAUUUUUAUUAUUCUAGAUGGGGGUUUUCACGAUGGUUCUCUAGUAUAUUCGGCAAGGAGUUGAGCCAGUAGUCUGUAAACUAGGGUCUCAUGCUUUGGAGUCUUCUUUCUCGCAUUGGCGGAGCGGAUUGGAUUCAUUGAGUACGCUUUCAUUCCUACGUUGUAGUUAUGAGUGAAGUCGAGUAAAUAGAAUUUCAUUGCUUUUGGGUUGGGGGGGGGGGGCUUCUUCCGAACUUGAUCAAGCGUCGUUCAAGCUCCAAUGCACCACUCCAUUUGCUCAUACCCGGGUAUGUUCCUCCAGAAACCUACGCCAGCACAGUAACUUUGUCUCGUCUUCAAUUGAGAAGAGAGCGCGUUAGGUUAUAUUGUGUGGGCUAUUGUUGGGGAUCGCCAUUGCGGUCCAACCAGUGCUAAAGCCAA